UUCCAAUGAACCAAUUAAAACUAUUUUUCUAUUUUUUUUUCCAAGCUUAUCCAGCCUUACGCCCCGUCAACAAAACGCCGGCCUUGAGUUUACUGUGGACCGAAAACAGAGUUUCGGAGUUUCGCGAAAACGAUGGCUUCUCGUUAAUCAUGUGAUUUCCCUGCUCGAGCUUAUCCCCGGCGUAGUGUGGACGAAUCACUCUCAAUAAGAAAACGAUAUUAAAAACCGCUCUUACAAGAACCAGCAACAAGCUAUUGUAAAUACACACUGAGUAAUUCAUAAAAGAUAUUCUUUUGUCACGGCCAUGUAAGGACAUCUACUGAUGCGUUUUUAUCUGUUUUCUCCUCUAUUACAGUUUUCAGACAAACACAAGCAAGCCUUAUGCUAUAUGACUUACAUUGGUCUAGGGAUUUCGUUACUUGGAGAGACUAUUACUAUUAUUGCGUACCUGUUACUAAUAUGUUCAAGUCCCGACCAACAAAGCCAUCUUCACAUAAACCUUGUCGCCACACUGGCGAUGGCACAGAUCAUAUUUUUGACGGGAAUCAACGCUACACAUAAUCAGGUUCUUUGCCUAACUGUUGCAGCUCUCAUCCAUUACUUUUAUCUCUCAUCAUUCUGUUGGAUGCUGAUGGAAGGCAUUAUGCUUUAUCUGUUAAUCAUUGAAGUCUACAACACUGAACUCAAGCUACCUUUGUGUUACGGCUUUUCACUUGGAUUGCCAGGUCUUGUUGUAGGAGGAACAUUGAUAAUUGCACACUUGCGAAGCGAGGGAAUACAUCAAUAUACAGCCAGCAGUUGGUGCUGGCUGUCAACAGAAAGGUAUUACAUAUGGUCUUUUGCCGGACCAGUCAUAAUAAUAUCUGCUGUAAACGUGGUGGUAUUUUGUAUUGUUGUGAAGGAAAUGGUAAACAUGACCAGCAUGCAGUCAAGUAAACUGAACAAGGUCAAAGCAGCAGUUAAAGCCUGCAUUGUCUUGUUUCCUUUACUGGGGAUUACAUGGCUAUUUGGUUUGCUGAGUAUGGCAAGAGCUGGUGUCGUGUCCCAGUAUGUCUUCACUGUACUCAACUCCUUACAGGGAUUACUGAUCUUUGUUUUUCACUGUGCAAGAAAUACUGAGAUAAGAGUGGUUUGGGACAAGAAGCUGAAAAAGAUGAAGAAACAAGCCUGGCUUUUCUUCAAAUUUGGAAGCCCACCUCAAACGAGCACGAGCGAAAACAAUUCGAACAAACAAGGACCAUCGGAGUUGGAGCUCAAUAGAAAAACCAAUAAAAUCACUCCUGUUGAACGAUAGAACGAAAGAUGGUAUUGGAUAAUAGCAACACGAUUCUUCGUGGAGCAAGAUAGAACGAGCAAUCUUAUUGGAGGAGAGCUUCGCUUCUAUUGAAAAAUAGAAGGCGCAAUCGUAUUGGACGAACAUUCAAAUAACGAAAACUUUUUUUUCUUGUGAAGGAUAGCUAGAGAGAAUGCAUGAUAUGAACAGUCCAAAAGCAAAAAUAACUGCCUCAUUGAAAGAUAUGAGGUAAUCGAGUUGGAUGAUAUUCAAAUAGUGAUAUUGCAAGUGUGCUGGUGUUAAAAGAACGGGCAAUCACGUUGAACAAAAACAAAUCCCAUUGUACAACUGCCUACCGCAAUGAACGAUAGCCGACAAGCAACCAUUUUUAAACACACUGAACAUGCGAAUGGCCGUUUAUCAACAAUGACCGUAGAUAUAUUUAUUUCAUAUUUAUUCUUGAAAACGUUGGAUUAAUUUUGUCUAUUCCCAUGAGUUUAUUCAGUUGCUAGAGAAAGAACUAAUUGCUUAUUUACUACACAUACUCUUGGCAGCAACUAAGGCGCCGAAGAGAAAGAGGGUUAAAGCUCAUGUAAACUCAAAACGGAUCUUCUUCCCGUACUUAAAGGCAACUAAAAGCCUAUCAAAUGAAGAAUGUCACUGAUUUACAUCAAAUUAUACACACUUAAGUACAUCAAACUGAUGGAUAAGUGAAGUUUGAUAUCAAUUAGCAGGCAGACUUAAAAGAAGAUUUGUCAUCAUCAUGAAAUACAGAAUUAUUUUUAGAAUGUUGGAAACCUAAGCACGCUGAAUUGCUCAGUCAAUGAAUGUACAAAAACACCGAAAAGGUCAUGAGGCGAAGAGAGUGAAGAUUAUAGAGAAACAAGAGAUUAUGAUCCUGAGAGAAAUUAAGACCGAUUAUACCAAACGAACUUAAAAAAGAAAAAAACAAAAAACAGAGGACAUGCAUGCACGCAAGCUUUAAAUUACGUGCCUGCUAUGAAGACAUUUGUUUGCAUUAUGUCAUGGUGCUACCUAAGAUAGAUCUGAUUACAAGUCAAAUAUACUUUGACAGAAAAAGUUCUCCUGAAGAACAAAAGCUUUUAGACAGUCCUAGUCAACAACACUGCAUUAGUUAUCUUGGCACUAUUUUUUGCUUCUUUUUUCUCGGCGUCCAUUCUCUAAGUGCUGUUUAUAAAAUGUACAGUUGUAGAUUAAAAGAAAUAUAUCUAGACAAACGGAUAACAAGUGUUAUAAAAGCAUAAUAAAUUAUAAAUGUAGUUACAAUAAAUCAAUUCGUUCAGAACAAGAUUCAUUUAGGAAGUAUUGAAUUUUAACGACAUAAGAUAUUUAUAAAGUGGCCUGAAAGCUUGAAGGUCUGACUUUCAAUAUGCGCGUGUGCCCUUAAUUCUGAUAAGUUCAUCUUAUUUGGAUGACCAUUAAAAGGUGCGUAGGCAAAUCAACAAAUCUUAUCUUCUGUCAUUUCAACAGCAGUCGCUUUAAGAUCGACCUAAGAAUGAAACCGUCUCGAAGACAGUGGACUGCAUUGCUGCUUCUAAGCCUUGAUGAGAGGAGAGUUUAUAUUUUGAUAGUUGAAAUAUUUAAGUGAUUUUUCCUUCUUCUUUUCUCCGUGUUUUCCAAAAGAAAUAGGUCGUGUUUCCUCCGUGCUUCUAUCAGGUUAACGAAGCACUCGUGGAAGUUUGGGAGAACUCGAAAAAGCUGUGGAAACACUCUACCAGGGUUCGUGAUCCCACAGCAUUUCUC